AUGUUAGAUCAGGGUAUUAUAAGACCUUCCGAAUCUGCAUGGAGCUCACCCAUCUGGGUUGUGCCAAAGAAAGUAGAUGCUUCUGGCAAACAGAAGUGGCGUCUUGUAGUUGACUUUCGUAAAUUAAACGAAAAGACACUUGACGAUAAAUACCCUAUCCCGAACAUUAGUGAUGUUCUUGACAAAUUAGGGAAGUGCCAGUAUUUUACCACCUUAGACUUAGCAAGCGGAUUUUAUCAGGUCGAAAUGGACCCUUAG